CUGUCGUGGCUAAUCCUUAUUGUGUCUAGCGUCAUACAGGUCUACUUACGAACGGGGAAAUAACGGGGAAUUGGGAGUGAAAAAAGUACCGUUUUGGAAUUACGACUUUGUGGAAAAUAUGGAGUUUCUCAUAGGAAGCCCCUUCUCUUCUCCUGUUGGACAACGAAUUGAACGAGCCACCAGCGCCUCGCUGCAUGCAGAGGACUGGGCCCUUAACAUGGAGAUAUGUGAUAUCAUCAACGAGACAGACGAAGGACCCAAAGAUGCAGUCAGAGCCAUAAAGAAGAGGAUUGUUGGUAAUAAGAGCUUCAUGGAGAUCAUGUUGGCUUUGACAGUUCUGGAGGCAUGUGUAAAGAACUGUGGCCACCGGUUCCAUGUUCUAGUGGCGUCCCAGGACUUUGUGGAGGGGGUUCUGGUCCGAGCCAUCCUGCCCAAGAACAACCCUCCCACCACCCUGCACGACCGGGUGCUGAGCCUCAUACAGGCGUGGGCCGAUGCAUUCCGUAGCUCUCCCUCUCUGGGAGGUGUGGUCUGUGUGUACGAGGAUCUGAGGAGGCGGGGCCUGGAGUUCCCUAUGACCGACCUGGACGCCCUCUCCCCCAUCCACACCCCCCUCAGGAGCAUUCCAGAGAACGACUCCUCUGUUACAGUGCCAGCUCCACCACCUCAGAGUCAGAUUCCCCGUGGCCCUGCUGCCUCGUCCCCUACCCAGGCUGCACUGACUGCCGUGCCCCCACAACUCAGCGAUGGACCCAUCGCCAUCUCUCCUGAACAGGCCCAGAAGCUGAGAGUUGACCUGGCUCUGGUCAGGGGGAACCUGACUGUGAUGACUGAGAUGUUGAACCAGUUGACGCCUGGACAGAGCCAGCAGGAGGACUCGGAGCUACUGCAGCAGUUGUACCAGGUGUGCAGGGAGAUGCAGAGCCGUGUGGUGGAGCUGAUCCCCAGGCUGCUGGACGAGGGCCUCAUAGAGGAGCUGCUGGUCGUCAACGAUGACUUACACAAUGCCUUCAUCCGCUACGACAGGUUUGACAGACUCAAUAAGGCCCAGAGAACAGCUACAGAGCAGCAGACUCCUGCCAGGGCCAACCUCAUUGACCUCAGCCCUGUGCCCCAGUCCCUCAGCCAACCAGCAACCACCUCCGCGGCCGCCAGCCAACCCGCAUUCAGCGCUCCCUCCAAUCAGAGGCAGGCAGCCAACCACACCUGUCUCUGUGCGUCAGGUGCACCAGAGGAGGAUGAGUUUGACAUGUUUGCCCAGACCAGGGGCAGCUCUCUGGCCGAUCAGAGGAAGAGUAUGCGGUACGAAGACCCAGGAGCAGUGGAAGGACUGGCUGGAGCCCUGGACACCCGGUUACAGGUCACUGGAGCGAUUCCUUCGUCUAAGCCUGGCUCUAAGAACUCCACCCUGGGAGACAUUGACAGAUGUCUGUCUGCGGACACAGAAACGCAACCAGAGGCUGGGGACAGGGAAGGGCUGACCAGUGAGGAGUUUGACAAGUUUCUGGAGGAAAGGGCGAAGGUGGCCGACCACAUUCCCUCAACACACAGCCUGCCCCCCGUCUCGUCCAGGCCCCCGCCACAAUCUGCCCGGCCACAGGAGAGCUCCCAUGACCAGCUUUUCUCACUCUGAGAGAACAGCGCACGCGCAGCAGAGGUGGACUCACAGGUGGACACGUAGUCCUAGCCAACACAUAGGAUGAAUACACACAGUGCCUUGCUACCUCUUUAAUCAUAGUGUUUCUACUAUAAAAUGAAGAUGUUUUUCAGUCUUCACUUUGUGCUGUUGCUGUAGUUAAAGUCUAGGACAUGAUGACAAUCGGUUAUGUUGUGGUGGCACUUUACCUUAUCAAUGUGUAUAUAUAUAUAUAUAUCACCUGAGUAUGCGUGCUUGGUUACACACACACUGCGUGGUGGUAUUUUUUUUUAUUGAAUCUUUAUUUAGCUAGGCAAGUCAGUUAAGAACAAAUUCUUAUUUUCAAUGACGGCCUACACCGGCCUAACCCGGAUACAGUCUGGAUUCUAACCAGGGUGUCUAGAGACGCCUCUAGUGCUGAGAUGCAGUGCCUUAGACCGCUGCACCACUCGGGAGCCCCCACUCUGGUAUCACAUCAUUCAAAAGCCUAUACACUGAGGGUACAAAACAUGGGCAUGGACUCUUCAAGGUGUUGAAAGCGUUCAACAGGGAUGCUGACCCAUGUUGACUCCAAUGCUUCCCACAGUUGUGUCAAGUUGGGUGGUGGACCAUUGAUACACACAGGAAACUGUUGAGCAUGAAAAACCCAACAGUGUUGCAGUUCUUGACAUACUCAAACCGAUGCGCCUGGCACCUACUACCAUACCCCAUUCAAAGGCAAUUAAAUAUUGUGUCUUGUCCAUACAUCCUCUGAAUGGCACACAAACACAAUCCAUGUCUCAGUUGUCUCAAGGCUUAAAAACCCUUCUUUAACCUGUCUCCUCCCCUUCAUCUACACUGAUUUAAAGUGGAUUUAACAAGUGACCUCAAUAAGGGAUCAUAGCUUAGAGCCCAUGGAAAGAGCAGGUGUUCUUAAUGUUUUGUACACUCGGCACAGACUUGUAAAUAUACACUAUGUAGAUUUCCUGAAUACUGAGACCAGUUGAAUCAAUGCAGAAAGCAAUAUUAAUAGAGAUUCACACUUAAUUCUACUUCUGACGUUUGAUAGUUCAUAUACUGCACUGUGAACUGUAUAAUAUAUAUAUGAAGCCUAGUAUUAUGAAUGAAAAUAAAAUAUUGAUAUUU